AGAUGGAAUUCUCCGCCAUCCUCGCUCUGUUGGUCACCUUCCUCAUCACCCUCCACUUUCUCAUGUCAUGGUGGAGGCAGACCAGACGGUACAAGUCACUGCCAGACGGGCCCACCCCGCUGCCUUUCCUGGGCACCCCGAAGUAUAUGAAUAUUAGAGCUGCAGAUAAAAACUACACCAUGCUCAGCCAAAAAUACGGCUCAAUAUUCACCAUCUGGAAGCUGUCGGAGCCGGUGGUGGUCCUCUGCGGUUAUGAGACGGUAAAGGACGCUCUGCUGAACCACGCUGAGGAGUUCAGUGCCCGCCCAAUUAUACCCACGCUGCACUUCCCUGACCAAGGAUACGGUUCCCGACUGGCUGGUAACUCGGGGGUGCGAAUCAUCCUACACGGGAGGGAAAGUACGAAGUGGUGGAGAGGUAUUAGUGGUCCCCGAUGGCGCUCUCUGCGUCGCUUUGCCAUCUCCUCUCUGAGGAACUUCGGGAUGGGGAAGAAGACCAUGGAAUCCCGCGUGCUGGAAGAGGCGACUUAUCUCACUCAGGCAGCGGCUGAGACGGAAGGAAAACCAUUCAAUCCCCUGCUGAUCGUGGCCAGCGCUGUUGGGAAUAUUGUCAGCUCAGUGCUGUUUGGGGAACAUUUUGACUACAGCAACCCGAAGUUACACGAUCUGAUGUCCCACACCUCCCGACACAUUAGGAACUUUUCAUCUACGUUGCACACGGCCUGCAACGUCUUCCCGCUCCUCCUCAAGCUGCCGUUUUUUGCCAAGUUUAUCUUUAGGGAGAACGCCUACCUGAAUAACUUUGUGCUAAAGUACAUCGAGGAGCACAAACGCACUCUGAACCCUGAGGCCCCCCGAGAUUUGAUUGAUUACUUCCUCCUGAAGAUGAAAGAGGUGGAGCAUGAAGAGGACCCAGAUUUCUGUGACACCAGUCUCCUGAGUGUCGUGGUGGGACUGUUGGCAGCAGGUUCCGAGACCACCGCUUCCAGCCUAAAAUUCUGCCUGGUCUUCUUCGCUCACUAUCCUGAUGUCCAAGCAAAGGUCCAACAGGAAAUUGAUGAGGUGACGCAGUCACUGCGCUUUCCUGGGAUAGAAGACAGACCACAACUGGCAUACACCAAUGCCGCCAUCCAUGAAAUACAGAGAGUUCUAGACCUGGCGCCAACUGCUCUCUUCCACGCGGUGACCAAAGACAUGCACUUCCGCGGAUACACCCUCCCGAAGGGCACCAUCAUCAUCCCAUUCCUGUCAUCGGUGCUUAACGACCCCUCUCAAUGGGAGACACCAGAACAGUUCAACCCCGGGCACUUCCUGGAUGAGCAGGGCCAGUUCCGCAAUCGGGUGGCCUUCAUGCCGUUCUCAGCAGGAAAGCGUGUUUGUGCUGGGGAGAGUUUAGCGCGAAUGGAGCUCUUCCUUCUCAUCUCUGCCCUGCUCCAGAAAUUCACUUUCAAGCUGCCCCCGGGAACCGAGCGUCGGGACUCCAAAUGGCUGAAUGCUAAUAAACGUGACCUUAUGUCUUAUGCUGAGCUGUGUGCCGUGCCCCGAGCAUUGCCCACCAAGUAACC